ACGGGUCACAAGACACAGAGGUAGUGUAUCGUCGACCUUUGUACAACUUCGCUCCCAACAACAGGAAGUCGCGCAGAGUCUACUAGCUGUAGAUACUGCUUCUUCGUCUGUCGCAGUUUUUAGUGUAAUUUAUAGCUGCUGUGUAUAGAGAGGAGAUGUACCGGUGGCCUGUUGUGUGUGUUCUUCUCUGUGUGCUGGGACUCUGUGCAUCUGCGCAGGUGCCACACAGGGAGAUCAGCAAACAAGCCUUCUCCAUCCAUACUAACGAAGUGCAGGAUUUGAAGAAGUGUCUGGAGUGCCUGAGUUUAGGGGAAGCGGUGCGAGCGGAGCUUGGCAAAAGCGACACCCAGCAGUUCAUAAUGAAACUGCUGGAGAAGGCAUGCAUGCUCCUGCCUACAGCAGAAAGCUCCCAGUGUUUGAGCGCUCUUGACAACGUAGGCCCAAUGUUCAUGGCAUACCUGCUUGAAAAGCUGGAACCGGCCGCAGUCUGUCAGGACCUGGGGAUCUGUGACGCUUCAGGAAGUGCACUGGCAAGAAAACACAGCAACGACUUCAAGGGCACGAAUGUGACGAUUGAGUGCCACCUGUGUGAGAUGCUGGUCACCGCUGUGAAGGACGAGGCGGACAGCUAUCAGUGGUACAUUAAGGGCUUCAUGGAUGACUUCUGUGCGCGCCUGCCGGUGAUAGUACAGGGCGAGUGUCAGACGAUGGUGGACGAGAAGUACCCCGACGUCGUGAAGAUUCUGGACCAGAUCCUGGAUCCGCAAGUCGCCUGCACCUUCCUCAAGGCGUGCCAAUAGAACAAUUAAAGACACCUUCAUAAUACGAGAGAGUAACACACUUAUCAACAAGAGCUAUAUACCACACACAGAUCACAACCUUAGCAUGUCCAGAACACCAGAUAUGAAAUCCGGAAGUUUCGCUUUAGUACCCAAUAGAAAGCCGUUAGUAGGUCCAUUCAUUCAACUUUCGUUGUCCCGAUCUCUGCCCACCUACCGAAUACCAUAAUGAUCCAUCGACAACUUCUAGGACUAUGCUUUCCAGAAACACACGCACAGAGGCACACAUACAGACAAACAAACACCGAAAACAUAACCUUCUUGGUGAAGGUAAUCAGAAAGCCAAUGGGAUUGGGUGGCUAUAGCUAGCGAUGAUGAUAGCGAGAAGAUUUUAAAAAAGACAGAACCUUAGAGAGACUUGCUCACUGUAACCUAAACCCCACGAUAUAACUGGCAUGGCUAAAGCUAAUCAGAAGCAAUAUCUAAAGUUACAUAUAAUCUGAAACUGAAGUUCAGAAUUCGCUGUCGAAAGUACAUACAAACGUGCGUUGAAGUAGUUUUUAGUCUCUCUUUCUCCAAUUGUCUAAACAACUGGAUACUGUCUCCUCAAAUAGACAAUUGAUGAACAUUCAAAAUGACUCUGUUUGGGUAAAUAAAGAUGGAUACAGCUAUUGACUUAGA